AGUCUUGAAAUUUUGACUUAAAAUGUCAAUCUUAUGUUUAUAUUUAAGUGAAGCAAGGUUUUAUUAUGUUGAUCGAAAUUCAGAUAAAAAUUUAUAAUAUGCCCAAGAAAGGCACUUAUUUAUUUUUUUCAAUUCUGAAAAUCUCUGCUUUUCUAAGAGCACACCUGUAUAAUUCAUACUCAUUAUCUUUCUGGCUUAAAGCCUGUCCUCCUAAAUUAUCCUCUCUCUCGCUAAAAGGACUACCAUGGCAUCAAUCUAAAGGAGAAGAGAGAUCAUUCUAUAGAGAUACAAGACAAAAAACCGCAUAGAAUUAAGCUAAAGAAAAUCUCUCUUUUUUUUUCUUUUCUAAGAAAGGGAGAGAAAUAGAGCUUUUUUUGGGAUUUAGCUUAUCCGUUCAUGGAAGGAGACGAUGAUCAUCUCCACCGCCGCCUCCACAACUUUCCAUUCCAAUUGCUGGAAAAGAAAGAAGAUGAGCCCAGCUCCUCCACUUCUACCUAUCCAUCUCUAGCCAUCUCCACCGCGGAUGAUAUAUUAAAUCCUAGCGCCACCACUCCACCACCAACAGCCUCCUCAAGCCACCAUGUCGCCGCUGAGACAUCCAAGAAGCCGCCGCCCAAGCGUACGACAACAAAAGAUCGUCACACCAAGGUCGAUGGACGCGGCCGACGAAUUCGCAUGCCUGCACUCUGUGCUGCUAGGGUUUUUCAACUCACACGAGAACUCGGACAUAAGUCUGAUGGCGAAACCGUCGAAUGGCUGCUUCAGCAAGCCGAGCCAGCUGUCAUUGCCGCCACGGGAACCGGUACAAUCCCGGCAAACUUCACUUCACUUAAUAUAAGUUUACGAAGCUCAGGUUCCAGCAUGUCAGUGCCAUCUCAAUUAAGAUCUACGUACUUCGAUUCAAAUUUUUUGAUGCCUCAACGCCGGGGACUUUUACCGAGCACCAGAUUACAAUCGGAAAAUUCCUCUACGACGUUGUUGAAUUUUCAGUCGCCAAGCCUUAACCCUAAUUUGUUGCAGGCUAAGCCGGAGUUGCGAGAGAAUACGCUAGACUUAAUGGAAACUGAGGAGUGCAUAAGGAGAAAGCGUAGGCUGGAGCAAGAAUUACAACUACCUCAGCAUCAAAUAGGAAAUUAUUUUCUACAGUCGAGUACUGGUUCAAUUCCGGCAAGCCACGCUUCAAUUCCAGCAAAUUUUUGGCCGUCGGUGGCCGGUUCUAAUAACCUAGUCAUGGGUGGUGAUCCCAUUUGGACGUUUCCUUCAGGUAAUAACAGUGCUGCUGCCGCUUCUUCUUUGUAUAGAGGAACUAUGUCUAGUGGACUACAUUUUAUGAAUUUUCCAACCCCAGUUACACUAUGGCCUAGUCAACAAUUAGGAUCGACUAUUGGCGGUGGCGGUGGCAAUGGUGUUAGUGGUGGUGGCAGUGAUUCGGAGGAAGGGCAACUUGGCAUGAUCACCAGGCUAGAUCAGUAUCGGUCUGGUGAUACUCGUGGUGAAUCUGAAUCUCAAAUGAGUGAGUCUCAAUAAUAUUAAUCACAAGAUUUAAUCGAAUACACUUAAUCAUUCGCUAAAAUUUAAAUUUUUACAUGAUGUGAUUUUUAAAAAAGCUCUACUGGAAAUGGUCAUCGUUUCAUCCCAUUUGUGUAGUUUGAUGUGUAACAAUACCCUUGCUGAGACAAGUUUGAGUUUUGCUUUGUUUUCCUUAAUAUCAUAUAAUUUUUUGUGAGAUU